AUAUCCGCUGCUCUGUGUCGUUACAGUAAUUACAGGAAGAGCACUCGGUCAUUUCAACUUAUAAAGGAGCCGAAUACAUGCCCUUAACAGCCUUUUGUCAGUAUCUUAAUGUUAGCUAAUUUCACAGUGAAUGUACUGCUGAAAUUACGACUUUCGAAAUGGGAGCAUAGUGGUUGUAAGAGCAGCUCCACAGUAUCUUAGCCUAGCAGCCGAGCUCAGCUGCUGGACUGGACGGUUUGGAUAUUAAGUUUAGCUAAGUUGAGUUUUUAUGAAUAAAGGUUUGCUUCCCCACCCUGACAUGGAGUCAUUUGGAGCCAUUGGGACCUUUCUUGGAUGCUCAGCGGGCAUUGCGGUGGCAGGGCUUGUGUUUGCAGCCUACAAACUUGGCUUACUCUACCAGUUGUUUCACAGGACUGAGACGAAGAGCCCACGACAUGGUGGCGAGAGUGUAGCAGAGGUGCUCCGUGCCCACGGUGUCAAGUAUGUUUUCACUCUUGUCGGUGGACACAUCUCACCCAUCCUGGUGGCUUGCGAGAAGGUGGGCAUCCGCAUUGUGGACACCAGACAUGAGGCCACUGCUGUCUUCGCUGCUGAUGCUGUGGCGAGACUCUCAGGCACUGUUGGCGUAGCAGCAGUGACUGCAGGCCCAGGCCUCACUAACACAGUGACAGCGGUGAAGAACGCUCAGAUGGCUGAAUCUCCAUUGCUGCUCAUUGGAGGAGCUGCUGGUACACUACUUCAGGGCAGAGGAGCGCUGCAGGAUAUCGACCAGAUGUCUCUUUUCAAGCCGCUGUGUAAGUUCUGUGCCUCCAUCAGGACUAUCAGGGAGAUCGUGCCUACGGUCAGGAAGGCCCUGGCCAUCGCCCAGUCAGGAACUCCUGGUCCUGUUUUCAUAGAGUUCCCCAUAGACACGCUCUAUCCCUUCCAUCUUGUGUCCAAAGAGUUUGGAGUAAAGAACCCUCCCAAAGGCCUGAUGGGAAAAAUUGUCUCAUGGUACCUCAAUAACCAUCUCAUGAAUCUCUUUGCUGGAGCAUGGGAGACCAGAGAUGUUUCUCCGCUUCCUGUUGACAUUCCACAAGCCACAGACGAUCAGGUACAACAGUGCAUAGAGCUUGUGAGUCGAGCCAAGAAACCUGUUAUUCUGCUGGGUAGCCAAGCAACACUACCCCCAACGCCAGCGGAUGACAUCAGGAAGGCAUUGGAGGAUCUGGGCAUCCCCUGCUUCCUCGGGGGCAUGUCCCGAGGCAUGCUGGGUAGAGACAGUCCCAUCCACAUCAGACAGAACAGGCGAGAUGCUCUGAAGGACGCCGACUUGGUGCUUUUAGCAGGCACCGUGUGUGACUUCCGGCUGAGCUACGGCAGAGUUCUCAACAGACGCAGUAAGAUCAUCGCUGUCAACAGAGAUAAGACGCAGCUGCUGAAAAACUCAGAUAUGUUCUGGAAACCAACUAUAGCAAUUCAGGGUGACGCUGGCUCAUUCUUAAAGCGGCUUUCCAAAGGCCUGAAGGGCCAUCGCUGUCCAGAAGAAUGGCCUCAGAGCCUCAAAGCAGGAGAUCUGACCAAAGAAAAUACAAACAGGGCUAAAGCUGAUGAGAAGACUGACCACCACUUAAAUCCCUUGAAAGUCCUCCACCGUGUGGAUGAGCUGAUGGCAGAGGACAGCAUCAUUGUUGCCGAUGGGGGUGAUUUUGUUGGAAGUGCUGCUUACAUAAUGAGACCAAGAGGACCGAUGCGUUGGCUAGAUCCAGGAGCCUUUGGGACUCUGGGAGUCGGUGGAGGAUUUGCCUUGGGGGCAAAACUGUGUCGGCCUGAAUCUGAGGUGUGGAUAGUGUAUGGUGACGGCUCCUUAGGAUACAGUGUCGCAGAGUUUGACACAUUCACUAGACACAAGACACCAGUUAUAGCUGUGGUGGGAAAUGACGCAUGUUGGAGUCAGAUAUCCAGAGAGCAGGUUCCUAUACUUGGCAGCAACGUGGCGUGCGGCCUUGCGUUUACAGAUUACCAUGUAGUGGCAGAUGGUUACGGAGGUAAGGGCUACCUUGUAGGACGUGAGGACGAGGACAGGCUAAGCGACAUCAUCAGACAGGCUCAGAGGGAGACCCAGGAGGGCAAGGCAACACUUCUCAAUGUUAUGAUAGGGAAGACCAACUUUAGAGAGGGCUCUAUCUCUGUAUAGAGCAGCUGCGAUUUCUCAAAAGUUCUUUGUUUACCUUUGGCUCUUCAUAGACUUUUACUACCUAUCAGGUUCUAUGAAGGGUUUCAGAGAGUGGGAAGAUACUGUGAGAGAGCCCAACCCUGACCAGACCUAUGCUAAUCCUUUGUGCCCUUAAAGCCAUAUUUCACUUUGGUAAAAGGAAAUUACAGUAUGUUCAUCUCCUAUAAGGGUUCAUGAACCAUCACAUGAGAUAUCACUUAGACCAGUCAAAAAUCAUACUAAUAAGACAUCAGCAAACACCAGAGUCAUGACUCUGAUAUUUCAAUAUCAAAGAGUGACUGUUUAUAAAGCUGCAGUCACUGUUAUUUACGAUUUAAGUUUUACUUCAGUGAAAUAUACAGCUCCCGAUCUGCCAGCCUAGAAACUAAACUUUUGCUGUGUGUCAUGAAACUUUCAGGUUCAUGUUGUGCUACUUCAAGAUAAUUGCUGCAUUUUAAGAAGGGAAAGGGUGAAAAAGUGAGAUAAUCUUGCUUUAAGAGAUAAUACCUCUUCAGAAGCUUGACCUUUAAACAGCCUAUUUAAACUUUCUUGCAAAUAAAAUGAAAAUCAUUCAUGAAAGAUUGAGAGAGAGCUUUGGUUUAUUAAGUUAUCAAAUGCGACCAGUAUGCCUUUUCUCCUGUUGUCAAAAUGAACACGGAGCCUUUUUAUGAGGAGACAUGAAACUUUACAGCUGUAAUAUUGUUUAUCGGUUGAUGAUUUGGAAUAAUAAUGUGUUAAAUGGAAAAUAUUUUUUGAAUGUCGAAUACUGACAAAUGGUAUGCCUUUUAAUGUUUGAUUGUGUCUCAGAAUACAUUGAUAUGUGUAGAUUGAAAAUGUGUCUGCUGAUUAAGUUAUGUAUUUUAAUGAUAUUUAAUACUAACCUGUAUGCAUUUAUGUGGGCUAUCAUUUCAAAUAUGCCUAUACACAAUAUGUAUUGCACUAUGAUUAUAACUUAUUUACUCACCAGGUGAACACUGUAGAUCAUCUCAGUAUAAAUUGCUGUUUUAUUUGCUACUUUUGAGGAAGGUAUGUCAAACUUGAUCAUACAAUUGUAAAUUUGGGUUAAUUCUCAAAUAAACUUUUAAAAAGA